AUGUUGCAGAGGCUGCCAAGUGCGGUGUACAAGAUGAGGCUCUUUUGGUUUCUGGUUUUCUCAUCAUAUCUUGCUAUAGCAUCCUCUGUUGUGGAAGUUCAAGGCAUGUAUUUCGAUAAUGAUCCAGGCCACAAGAAAGAGGACAUGCAGCUUAAUUUGUACCAUGUGAAAGGUCAUGACUCCUCUCUAAGUUCCACAUCACCAUUUUCAUUCUCUGAAAUGAUCAGAAACGAUGAGGAGCGUGUCAGGUCUCUUCAUUCCACACUAGCAAACAAGGAGGGUGUCAGCUAUUCUGCCAUCACGUCCUCUUCUGAUAAAUUGAGGGGACCAAACCUUGUGAACACACCUCUAAAAUCAGGUUUAUCAUUGGGUUCAGGCAAUUACUAUGUGAAAAUAGGACUAGGGACCCCUGCUAAGUAUUUUAGCGUGAUUGUAGACACUGGUAGCUCCCUCUCCUGGCUCCAGUGCCAGCCUUGCGUUAUUUACUGCCAUCAGCAGGUUGACCCUAUUUUCACUCCUUCCACAUCCAAGACCUACAAAACUUUGCCAUGCUCAUCUUCCCAGUGUUCCUCUCUCAAGGCCUCCACACUAAAUGCUCCAGGUUGCUCAAAUGCAACUGGGGCUUGUGUGUACAAAGCAAGCUAUGGUGACACAUCUUUCUCAAUUGGUUAUUUGAGUCAAGAUGUGCUAACCUUAACCCCAUCAGAGACACCAUCAAGUUUUGUAUAUGGCUGUGGUCAGGACAAUCAAGGGUUGUUUGGAAAGGCUGCUGGUAUUAUAGGUCUUGCCAAUGACAAGCUCUCCAUGCUUGGACAACUGUCCAACAAAUAUGGCAAUGCCUUCUCCUACUGCCUUCCCACAUCUUUUUCUCAACAUAGCUCUUCCCCAUCAGGUUUCUUGUCCAUUGGAACCUCAUCAUUGACAUCAUCAACAUACAAGUUCACUCCCUUGUUGAAGAAUCCAAGGAUUCCAAGCUUAUACUUUCUUGAUUUGACAACUAUUACUGUGGCUGGAAAGCCAAUAGUUGUUUCUGCCUCAAGCUACAAUGUGCCUACCAUUAUAGACUCUGGCACCGUAAUUACAAGGUUACCUGAAGCUGUUUACAAUGCAUUGCAAAAAUCUUUUGUGACGAUCAUGUCCAAAAAGUAUGCACAGGCCCCAGGAUUCUCCAUAUUGGAUACCUGCUUCAAGGGGAGUGUUAAGGGAAUGUCUACAGUGCCUGAGAUUGAGAUGAUUUUUCAUGGGGGUGCUGGCCUACCACUUGAGCCUCAUAACUCCCUUAUAGAAAUUGAGAAGGAUCUUACUUGUUUGGCCUUUGCUAGAAGUUCUAACCCCAUUUCCAUUAUUGGAAAUUACCAACAACAGACAUUCAAGGUGGCUUAUGAUGUUGCCAAUUCCAAGAUUGGAUUUGCAGCUCGUGGUUGCAACUGA